AUGUCGAAGUUGGGGACUGUACCUAUCGAUUGCUACAACAGUGGAUAUGGCAAUCAGAUUGAAACAAAAUAUGCAAAGGAAACUGCUCAGCUUAAUCCACCACAUAGAUUUGUGCCAUGGCUGGUUGUCGAUAAUAAACCACUUGCAGAGGACUACCUAAAUUUUAUGGCCUAUAUCCGUAAGGCAUACAAAGGAAAAUCUCCAGAAGCUUGCAGAUCAAUUCGCUACAAGACUGAAUCAAUUGGAAAUGAAAAAUCGAUUCCUCAAGUUUGCCUAGCAGAACAAGGAAGCAACUCUACAUAG